AUGGCUGCUCCACGUCACCACCCCUUCGACCCUCUUACCCCCGAGGAAAUCUCCAGGGCGGCCAGAAUAGUCCAUCCGCAUUUCGGGGGCCAAACCCCAAAUUUUAGGGUCAUUACUCUGCAGGAACCUCCCAAGCAGCAGAUGAUUGCAUAUCUCGACAAGGAGCACCGCAAGCAGCCAAUUGGCCAGGUGCCUACUCGCUGCGCCCGCGUCGAGGUCGUUAUCACCGGGCCCAAACAGAACAACAAUCUCUUUGAGCUGUUUGUCGACCUCGACGACAAUAAGGUAUUCGAGAAGAAGCACCUCGAAGGGAAGCAUUCCUACAUCGAUGCCGAAUACAUGCAGGCUGUCGAGAAGGCAUGUCUAGCCAACCAAAGGGUUCAAGAGGAAAUACGCUCCCUAGACCUUCCAUCCGGGUCAACCGUUGUUGUUGAGCCCUGGGCGUACGCAACCGAUGGUAUGAAUGACAUGACCACACGUGUUACCAUGUGCUGGUUCUACCUCCGUCUGCUAGAGAGCCCGGAUGCAAACUACUAUGCGUACCCCCUCGAGAUAUGCGCAGAGGUAUCCGAGGCCCUCGAAGUUAAUAAAGUCUACCGUCUGCCUACUACGCCACAUGAGAGAAUCAAUAAUAUUCAGAAGCCCUUUGACCGCCGUAGGAUCCACUCAACAGCAGCAAGCGAGUACCACCCAGACCUGCGACCAAGUCCACGAACAACCACCAAGCCAUACCAGGUGAUCCAGCCAGAGGGGCCCUCCUUCCGAAUCCACGGGAACUAUGUAGAGUGGGAGAAGUGGAGCUUCAGAGUAGGCUUCAACUACCGCGAGGGAAUGUCAUUACAUGAUAUCAGGUACGGCGGCCGAGACUUAUUUUAUAGACUGUCUCUUGCAGAGAUGUUUGUCCCUUACGGUGACCCUCGUGCGCCGUACCCUCGAAAAGCUGCGUUUGAUCUUGGAAAUGAUGGUGCUGGCAUUAAUGCAAACAACCUUCAGUUGGGAUGCGACUGCCUCGGAACUAUCAAGUAUUUCGACGCCUACCAUAACACAUCAGGGGGUGAGCCACUCAAGAUGCCAAAUGUGGUAUGCUGCCACGAGCAAGACGACGGUAUCCUCUGGAAGCACGCCAAUUUCCGUACACAAGUACCCAUCGUCACACGCUCUCGGAUCCUUGUGCUACAGACUAUCAUUACCGUGAGUAACUAUGAGUAUAUCUUUGCUUUCCACUUCUGUCAGGAUGCCUCCAUCUUCUACGAAGUACGGGCUACAGGUAUAUUAUCAACGGUCCCCUCAAGCUUGGAUGUCAAGAAUGUCCCUUAUGGAACUAUUGUUGCGCCAGGUGUACUAGCGCCGUACCACCAGCACCUCUUCAGUCUUCGAAUUGAUCCCGCCAUCGACGGUCAUUCUAACUCACUGGUUAUCGAAGAGUCAAAGCCUCUACCUGUCGGAGACCCUUCUGUUCAUAACCCAUUUGGCAUUGGAUAUAUAACUGAAAGUCACAUCGUUGAGGAAGAAGGAGGCUUUGACCUUGAUUUCUCUAAGAACCGUAACUACAAGUUCAUUAACGAGAAUAACAUCAACCCUAUUACAAACACGCCUGUAGGGUUCAAGCUCCUCCCUCAAUACAGCCAAAUGCUGCUGUCACACCCUAACUCCUUCCACGCAAAACGCUCCGAGUUUGGGCAGCAUGCCGUGUGGGUGACUCGCUACGAAGACAACGAUCAUUUCCCUUCAGGUAAAUAUACUAUGCAGUCUUCCGGCGGCGACGGUAUCGCAUCCGCUAUUGAAAAACGAAGGGCAACAGGCAUUGCGCAGUCAGUCCGGAACCAGGACAUUGUUGUCUGGCACACAUUUGGUUCCACUCAUAACCCUCGGAUUGAAGACUGGCCCGUCAUGCCUAAUGAGAAGUUUAUGGUCGGCCUUAAACCAGUUAAUUUCUUCUCUGGGAACCCCGGGCUGGAUGUCGCCGUGUCAACGCAGGAUAGGAAUAAGAGCGUACUAUAUACUGAAGCGAUUGAGAACACAGGGGGUUCAUGCUGUCAAUCUAGGCUAUAG